AUGGAGGCCCAGAAGCGUUCCUGCUUUACGGCUGCCAGUUCCCAGCCAGUUCCCAGCUCAUCUCUCCAGCCUGCCCAGGCUUCUGCAGCUCUCAGUCUGAGCCGUGCGGCCCCUGAGCAGGAACACGCGCUGGCCCAGCCUGUGUACGUGAAGGCCCUCACCAUCCCGCUCUACCAGCCCGUGCAGCCGGGAUGCUUUCGGCCCAGCAGUCAGGCCGUGCCUGGCAGAAGCUGUGUGAAUCUAGACGGCAAUAACAUACCUCUAAUCCUGAAUCCACUUGUUCCUUCAGAAAGGACAGAUCAGCAUCAAUCAGUUUUUCAAAAACAACUCGGGCAAACUUUAACAUUAAACAUAGUCAGCACUUUGCCAGUUUUAUUGUCACCAAAUGCUUGUGCAAAUGCAUCUGUUGGAAACCCAGGAAAAUCAAAAAAUACUGGGAAAUAUAUCUGUAAACACUGUGGUCGGGAUUGUUUGAAGCCAAGUGUCCUUGAGAAACAUAUUCGCUCUCACACAGGAGAGAGGCCCUUUCCAUGCACCACUUGUGGUAUUGCAUUUAAAACUCAAAGUAAUUUGUAUAAACACAGACGGACUCAAACACACGUUAACAAUACCAGACUGCCCUCGGACUCUGACAAUGGUGGCACAUCGGAGCAAAAUGAGAAAGCAACAGAGAGUGUCACAUCACAUCAGGGCUCUAGACUAGAUAGCAGCACCUGUGAAGAUGAGGGGGUGAAGAUUAAACAAGUAAAUUCAGAGACAAGUGUUGUAAAAGACACUAAGAAAUUUAAUGAAUUUCCACUGCCAGAAACAAGCGAUUCAUCGUUUGCUUCAGGAAAUCAAAUGAGAAAUAAUCAAUCCUUUAGUUCAAAGAUUAAUCAGGAGGUUCCUGAAAAAGAGUCUUUAUCAUCUCCAGUAGCUCUGCAGCACCAGAGGAAGAUGAUACAGGAACAAAGGACUCCAGCUGCCAGUAAGCAUAUCCAGCUGCAAAGGCAGCAAGCAACCUCUUCGGACAAGCAGUGGGAUUACAAGCCAUCUGACUGCAAGCUGAAGAAGUGUGAGAGCACUGACUCGGGGUAUCUGUCACGCUCUGAUAGCACAGAGCAACAGAUGCCCUCGCCCAGUCCCUUGCACAGUCUCUAUGAACACAGCACUGAACUGGAAAAUGAAACUGCCUUCAGCAGCUCAAGGUGCACAGCCGGAAGCAGUGCAAAGCUCGAUUCAGCCCAGAAAGCCUCCGCCUUGAUGCUAGAGAAAAAAAGGCUGGAAGAACACAUCUCAAAACUUAUUUCUCAUAACAAGAGUGUGGUGGAUGAUAGCCACUUAGAUAACGUUAGGCCCAGAAAAACUGUCCUUUCCAAGCAGGGAAGCAUUGAUCUGCCAAUGUCUUAUACAUACAAAGACUCCUUCCAUUUUGACAUCAGAACUUUUGAUGCAAAUAGGAGAAAGAAUCUUUCCCUGUGCUCAGCAAAAUCUACUUUUACACCCCUAGAAAAAUGCAGGCCAUUGCUUUUCCACUCAGUUCCCACACAGUUCUCCACGACAGUAGACUCUGUGCCCGUAACCAGAAGCAACUCUCUGCCGGUUGUGGAGGGCACCAGAUCGGCACAUGACAAAGCAGGUUGCUCAAACCCACUCGCUCUUACUAAGCGGUCUGUAAACCCGAGCUCUUCUAGCUUGCUGCCUAGCAACAAUCUUGCUGCAAAGUCCAUGGAUUUUCCUAACAGCCAUCCCCGAGCGCUUGUCAGGCAAACGGCUGUGGAGGAUCUGCCACUCAGUAACAGCGCUGAGAAUCCCUGUCCCUCUGAGGAGGUGCAAGCAAGUAAAAAGCUUGGGGCUGCAGAGGUAGUAAGUGCCAGAAAUAAGAAACAAAAUCAGAGGAAGAUAAAGAUGUUCUCUGAAGAAAAAUGGCAGAUGUAUGGAGAUGAAACGUUUAAGAAAAUCUACCAAAAAAUGAAAAGCAAUCAAAAUGCCAAGAAAAUGAAACAAAGGGGGAAUAAGAUUGCAGAUAUUACAAGCUUUGCGGCUGAUUCAAAUGAAUCAGUCAGUGGUACUGAAAUUACCCAGGAAAAAGAAGGCAGGAGCUCUUUAAGUGACAGUCUUUCCUCCCCUGUGGCAGCAGAUUUAAAUACUUUUAAGUCAGGAACCUGUCCUGAUGGUAACCAUGUUCUACAGAACAUGCCCUCAGAGGAAGCUGCAGACAGUUUAACCCAGGUAAUGGAAACGUCACAUUCAGUAAACGCUGGGGCACAUGUAGUACCAAGCAAAGCUUCCCAAAACCUCAGUGGCAGUGACACAGCUAAAAACACAGGUGACAACAGCACAUUGCAGGCACUAAGCAGUCAUGAGCUCACGCUUCGAAAUGCACCGUGUCAACCGAACACCAGCGUAACCAAUGAUGACUGCUUGCCCACACGGAGUAGCAAUUGGGAAGAUUCAAAAGAAUUCGGGAAAGAAGCCAGUGCGUUUGAAUCGGAGUGUAGCACCACUUCAAACAAUUACGGAAAGCAUCAAAGGAAUAAGGAAACUGGCCAGCACUCCCCGCCAUCCCUCUGGGUCCAUUGCAAGAGCAAUAGAGAAGCCUCAGGGAAAUCUCACAUCUUACCAUCAGAAAGAAAAAAGCUGAAAGUGGAAGUGGAAAGGAAGGAAAACAUUAUUUUAAAGGCCUGUUCCAGGUCCAGUAGUGAAAAGCCUGGAGCAGAUGAAAUAGAAGGAGUCUCCUGCAGUAUUGCUCAGUCUCCUUCCACAGCACCAGUGAAACUCUCAGGUAAAACAGAUGAGCAAAAACUAAUGUCUUCUGGAGGUGCUGAGAGUGAAGAGUGUAUGAAAACACCUGGAUUGCUCACAAAAGCUGCUCACUAUAGUGACAGUGACCUUUCAGAAUCAGCAAAGAUAUCAACAGCUUCAUUUGCUGGAUUUCUGGGGCCCGAGUCAAGGGGAAGUGAUUGCAAUUCUUUUGCCUUGCAUAGCGCAACAGAUGCAGAUGUCAAAACAGGUCUUGUGAAAACAAAAGUACCACUUUUCAGUGACAAUGUUGAUGACCUACCUGCCAAAAUUCAUCAUUUACAAUCUGGUCAGUUAACUCCAGUCUCUCAGAAAAAUACCUUUUCUCCAAAAUAUAUUCUUAAAUUGCCACAAGACAAGAGAUGCUCAGAUCUGUCACUUGUGCUUAGAUCAGAAGAGAAGGUUAUAUCAUCUGCGUCUGUGACAGACACCCUAACCAGCCCACCCAGUUCUUCCAGCAGCAGAGCACUCGCUGCUGAUCCUACUGAUGUGUUUUGGUCUCCUUUAAAAUUUGAAGUGAGACAAAAGGCCAGCAGAGGAGAGCUACGCUGGAAUGUACAUGCAAACUGGAAAUCUCCAGAAUUUUGUUCACCAAUCAACUCAGAAACCACAAGUAUCUUAACCACAGUAGGCAACACCUUCUAUAACCAAAACUUCAGACAGAAAGAAAUGAUAAAAGAUGCUUGGAAAAACGAGUACAAGAAAAAUAAAUCUAAUUAUCAAAGGCAAACUGAAGACAAGUGGAUGAGUGUAACUACUUCAUCUGCACAGGCCUCGAAGAAGAAAAUAUGUUUUACUUCUAUGUAUACAAGUGGUUUUUUCAUAUCAGCAGACAUCAAAGAAGAAAAGCGGGUUUUACAUCACCUUUGCUCAGGCAGCAACUCUUCGGUGAUGACGUCAAGCCAAAGGACAGCUUCUAGCCAGACCCUAGGGCAAACAGCCCUGGGAUGUGGCACAGAUGAAAGUCCAUGCCUUCCUGGGGACAUUUCACCAGCACUGCAGGAUGGGGAGUCUUCUCAGAGCCCAACAGACAACUCUACUUAUUUUUGCCAUUCUUUUGGCACUUUUUAUUGCCACAGUCUCACUACUCACUGUAGAGAACUCCCAGCACUUCCUCACAAUAAUUUGCUUUGCUACUCUGGAAGUUUAACAGUAUCGAGCACAAAGAGCACCUUCCCAUCACUAAAUGCUGAACCACGACUGACUUGGUGUUGUUUAACGAGGAGCCUUCCUCUGCCUGCUGAGCAGAAAGGCAAUGCAGAUUCUGCUUACUCCUCCUUGCACAUCUGUGACAAGGAAUCUAGCAAUGAAUGCAUGCUAUCAACAUAUGAUAUUUCUUUUUUCAAAAUGAAAAAUAUUAGCAAGACUGUGGCCUAUAGCUUAACAAACAGGAGUUUAAAGACACUGGUUUCAUCGUUUUCUAAAGGACAACAGAUACAGGAGUUAAGUUCAGCAGCUCCUUCUGGUGCUUUUGAAAAUAUUUCAAAGCAAAAGAAGAAAACAGUAGUUUGCAAAAGGGAAAAACUCACAACAAACAAACUCAAGAAGAGCCACAAACAGAAAAAAAUUAAAGUCACCCCCAAAUGGUACCGAAGGAGGCACAUACAUGGAUACGCUCAGUUGAAAAUGAACCGACUAAGCAAGCAACACUGCUUUCCACAGAGAACACUGGAUGUUUUGAAAAAGGGUUAUCCAUCACAACCCUGUAAAUUCAGUCAGUGUAAAAAGUCUUGUUCUCCUCAAUCAAAGUCACAAGGUAAUCUCCUCCACCAGCAAAAAGGAGCAUCUUGUUCCACCUCAGAUGAGCCACUUUGCAGAAGAAAGAAAGAAGAAAAGAAUAACUCAGGAAUAGUUUCGCAUAUUGAAAAUCUAAUCCAUGAUAAGCAAAAAGACAAAAUGGAUAAAAAAGACACUUCUGAGCAAAUCAGGGAACACAGAAGAACAAACUUCUCUUUUCAGAACAUUACACCUCCUUUGGAGAUAUCUGUGACAGCUCAUUCCUUUUCAUCCACAGUAAGCACUGCCAUGCAGCAAGUCAGCAAUGACGUAGAAAUUUGCUGUUUAGUGACACAACCACUUCUGCUUCAGCCAUCCGUGCCAGGGGAGUCACAGCCAAAUCCUCAGACUGACUCGGUAACAUCUUCUUUUGGGUCUUAUCCUUUUGAUUUUCCAAAUACAGGCACAGAUGGGCAGACUGACAACAGAUGCUCAGAGACUACUGAUCCUCUUUCCUUAUAUCAAGAGGCAACCCAAGGAAACACGUUAAAAGUAGUGUCAGAGAGCCUAGUGAUCCAGGCCUCAGGAAGGGAGAAAUGUUCAACUGAAGAAAUUAGAUAUUCCUCUCAAAAAGAAAACUCAACUGCCAGUUCCCAACCUGGAUGUUCACAUACAUUACGAUCAAAAGCAGAUUCUCUUUUUGAGUCAAGCGCAAGGGCUAACUUACUCAACACAGAAUACACAGAGCAGGCAAACUUUUCUCAGAAAGUCCUUCAUGGAAAUACAGACAAUAAUGGAGCCUACCUGCAGUCAGAUAACUAUGAAAGGCCACAUGAAAAAAAUACUGCUACCUUUAAAAAGCCCUCGAUUACUCUCAGGUUCCCCGAGUUCCAGACUUACUCUGCAACACCUUCCAAGACAUACAAAAAGAGAGGUUUAGAGAUUAUGAGGAAGCAAACCAGAGUUGAAUAUGAUGACACUAGCAGUGAUGAUGAAGAUAGGCUUAUUAUAGAAAUAUAG